UACGCAACUGCAGUGUAACAAGACCGGCAACUGGCUAUAUUUAAUUCGAUAGAACGAAAGUCUUGAACGAUUAUUACAGAACUUUGUACAAUUGCUCCAUAUUACGGAAAUUGACUCAUGGCUAGUGUUUCGUCAACGAUGUGUAAUCAGCGGUCAUGUAGGUCAUGCUAUUGAUCUUACCGUAUUAUACCAAAAUGUACAGCCAAGUAUGUAUGAUACCCGAACGCUAUACUUUAGUUGGCGGCGUUGGCACGCUCCCCUAGACUAACCUACACGAACAACAAUAAUCGGAACUAAACUCAUCUACAAAUGUAACAAGGAUGACCCAAUUUAUGUUGGUGAGAAAUAGAUAUUGUCUUGCACCACUGGAGCGAUGCCUUCUCGAGAAAUGCAAGAAGCUAUGCGGAAAUCGAAUCUAUCACGGCAAUGUAGAAAAAUCAAAUGGCAAUCGUUUAUCUGCCAAACGGCAAACUCUAUCCCGCACAGUGUUGCGAGAGCGUCUAAUACGCGACAUACGUCUUACAAAGGAACGAAUGGAAGAAGUUAUAGAACGGGAAAACAUCUGGACGAUACCAAACUUUCUUUGCAUAGGUCGUAUAUUGACAUCGCCAUACCUGGGAUACCUGAUUGUAUCCCAAGAUUACCAGGUUGCGCUCUGGCUGCUUGGAAUAGCAGGAGUUACAGAUUUGGCCGAUGGAUGGAUAGCUCGAACUUGGGCAUCUCAAGCAUCAAAGUUGGGAAGUUUUUUGGAUCCCAUAGCAGACAAGUUACUGAUAGGCACGCUCUUCCUGUCUCUUACCUGGACCGGACUUAUUCCCGCGCAACUGACCUACUUAGUCGUUGCCAGAGAUAUCCUUUUGGUAAUCGGUGCCUCUUUCAUCAGAUAUCGAUCACUGCCUAUGCCCAGAACUUUGGCGAAAUAUUUUGACCCAACGUACGCCUCAGUGCAGCUAGCGCCGACGUUGGCUAGCAAACUAAAUACCGGAGUACAAUUGUGCCUGGUCGGUAGUACCUUAGCUGCUCCAGUUUUUCAUUUCAUUGAUCACCCUCUGUUGCAAGGCCUUUGCUACCUGACAGCCGUCACAACCCUAGCUGGAGGCCUCAGUUACCUGGUAUCAAAAGAUACGUACAAGUUUCUUCGUAAGAGGAAGAUCAACCCUCCAUCAUCACCUUCAUGACACUACCAGUUGACUCGAGCGUAACCACAUCACAAAGACCAAAUUUGCAAUCAUUCUGUGCAUUCCGCAUGUGAGAAGCGUAUCUGUGAACCACAGUCUGACUGCCGGCUCAAUGGCUCAUCAGCAGUCAAUGUGUAAGUCAUCAUCAACUGAUUGAUAUUCGAUCUGGACACUACAGUGAUAGUAUCCUGGUACAACGAUUGAUGCAAAUUCUAUUCUCGCUAGUUUGUUACGUUCCCAUUUGUCACAAUAAAGUGUAUAACAGUUA